AUGGAUGUCUCUGCAUACGAUAAUGCAGGGAACCUGAUAACUCCUGGUACAGGUGUUAAAAAUACGUACCUUGGCUUAGAAUCCAUUAUUCAAUCAUUAACCAUCAAAGCAGGGGGAGAAACUGUUGUUAACAUUCCAAACUAUCCUCUUUAUCUAGUACAAACGUACCGCAAUCUAUCCACCGGUAGUAAGAAAUUGUUGAGCCAACUUUCCGGAUAUGGAAACACCAACAUCUUUGCAACAUCAAGUACCAUUUCCAUUAAUCACCACCCGUUCGUCGGUUUUUGCCAUCCAUCGAAUGACCAGUUCUUCCCUGUGUGGGCCCUUCCAAAUCAGGCGUUAGAAAUCAUUAUCACCCUCGCAGACCCGAACACAGUGUUUACAAGCGCCGGUGUAGGUGAGAUUCGGGUUUCCAACAUUCGGUGUUUGGUCCCUUAUAUCACUCCUCCUCCGACGACCGUUGUCAACGCGACUCGUGCUAUUUCGGACGGUAAAUCAAUAUUCUAUGACUAUGUGCGCUCAACCCAAACGGAAAAUGCAUGUAGUGGCGGAAACCGGAACACCUUCUUGCUCCAUAUGUCUGGCGUUCGCUCUCUCCAGGGUGUGGAGAUGUCCUUUAUCGAUGACGACGUUUUGAAUGAUACCACAAAAGAUAAAGCGUUAAUGUAUUCGUCCCAGGGACUACGCGAGUGGCGUAUGCAAAUCGGCCCGAACUUGACCAUUCCAAGUGGAAUACAAGGCUUCACACAUUCACCGAGUGAUAAUCAAACACUGCUUGUCACACAAUUGUCAAAUAACAACUUUGACCAAUUAGGAGAUAUGGACAUGUCGUUCGCCGACUAUGAUUCCAAGGCAUUCUCAUUUGGCUGGUCAUUUGCAUCAAAGGAUGAAGGCAGUAAUGCGGCACUCUCAUUUACUGGCAGCGAUGGUUUGCUUCGUGUGCAUACAACUCAUGCAACGGCACCUACGCAAAAGGUGCGCAUGGUGACGUGUUAUUUCGAGAAUGUUACACUUUCCAUUGGUGCUGUUGUUACCGUGGUUUGA